AGUCAAAAUGAAGGUAAAAAUGAUGGGUCCGCUUAAGAAUGAUUGUUUUGAUAAUUUAUGUCAAGUUGAAGGGGUGAACUGAUUCUUUGUUCAUUAUUUGGAAGCAAUUUCACUGCAUCUCUUAUAAACAAAGCAAGCUGCAAACUUUGAAUUAAAAUUCCUUAAUCUGCAACUGCAAUACUCCACUCAACCAAUCUUCAUUCCUUCCAACUUCAAGGUAAGAAACUCCUACACAAUUUCUCCUACUCUUCAUUACUAAUUAGCGGCAAAAAAAAGCUUAUAAAAUCACCUCGUCUCUCAUGAAAAUAGCCGUCAACUGUUUGUAUAAAGUUCGAAACCAAUGCAUUCGGAAAUGGGUCUCUGUUAAUUCUAUUGAUUGCCAUAAACCCCAAUCAGGGCCUAUUAGAUAUUUGUGGAAGAACACCAGGUUAUAUUCUAGUGAAAAUUGGCAUACUUCUGAUAAAUCUUUGUUAGAUAAACCCCAAAAAACUACCACCAAAAUCUCGCAUCGAGCCGUUGUAAAAGGCGCUCAAGCCGCUUUGUUAGAGUAUUUACAUGUUACUAGGAGUGUUCCAUUUUUGGAUGCAGAGAAUAUGAGUAUAAAUUCACCUCAUUUUCUUGAAAAGUUACUGCAGAAAGUUGAUAAUGGAAGGGAUGUAGGUCAAUCAGUUGCUCGAUUCUUGCGGUAUCACCCCAUUAAUGAGUUUGAGCCUUUCUUCGAGAGUUUAGGUUUGGAACCCUGUGAAUUUACUCCCUUGCUUCCCCGCGAUUUGAUGUUUUUAAGCGAUGAUGAUGUGUUGUUGGAGAAUUAUUAUGUUUUGUGUAACUAUGGAGUUCCGAGAAAUAAGAUGGGGAGGAUUUAUAAGGAAGCGGCUGAAGUUUUUCGGUAUAAGCAUGGUUUGUUGGCAUUGAAACUUCAAGGCUAUGAACAAUUGGGGCUUAGUCAGUCUUUUAUUUCUAAGGUAGUAGCUUGUAGUCCGUACCUUUUGAUCGGGAAUGUAAAUGUAGAAUUCGUAAAGGUGAUGGAGAUUUUGAGGAAAGGCGGAAUUGAAUUCAGUUGGAUUGAGGAGCGUUUGUGGGAGAAUAGGUUUAACUGGAGCCAGAUGCUGGCACUUCUGGGCUUAUUUAAUAAGGAAGGUUUCAGUGAGUUACAGUUAGCUGACCUAAUAAGUCAGAAUCCUGGGAUUUUGUUUGAGGGCUCGGGAGAUACAACACUCUGCUUGAUCGGGUUUCUGUUUAAAUUUGGAUCCUCGAUGCAAAAUAUUUGUUCAAUGUUUGUACGGUUUCCUCUCAUGCAAGUUGGGAAAUUUGUCUAUAAUUUGAGGCGAUGCUUUCUGUUACUGACUGAAAUUGGGAUGGAUGUGAAUGAGAUUGGGAAUAUUGUUCGCUCUCAUCCGAUUUUGCUUGGUUCAUUUACAUUGAAGAAAACCAAUUCCUUACUUGCUCAUCUGAAUGUUGGGAAAAGAAGACUGUGUAAACUCAUUCAGGAAAACCCAGAAGAAAUGAAGAAAUGGAAGAUGGGAUUGAAGGUUGAACGAUUACCAAACUCAUCGGAGGAAUCAAAAAACCUGAAGGCUAAAUUCUUGCUAGAUAUGGGAUUCGUUGAUGACAACCCAAACAAGAUGGAAGAAGCAUUGAAGGUUUUUCGAGGUAGAGGAACAGAAAUUCAAGAGAGAUUUGAUUGCCUCGUGAAAGCUGGUUUGGAUAAGAAGGAUGUCUUUGAAAUGAUCAAAAUAUCUCCUCAAAUACUUAACCAGAAGAAGGAAGUUCUUGAAAAGAAAAUCAAUUUUUAUGCAAAUGAUUUGGGAUUUCCUUUAUCAUAUUUAGUCAACUUCCCAUCAUAUUUGAAUUAUACAAUUCAAAGAGUCAAGCUUAGAGUAACAAUGUAUAGCUGGCUGAAAGAGCAAGGCUCUUCAGAACUUGCGCUGAGCACUCUAAUUGCUUGCACAGAAAACAUGUUUGUUCGGAAGUAUGUAAAACAUCACCCUAGAGGUGUCGAAGUGUGGGAUGACUUGAAGAAUAAAAUUCAUUAGUAAUAGAAGCUGACUGUUGCAUAUGACUUGUCUUUCAUGCCUUUUUGACUGAGAAAAUUGUGGACAUAUUUCAUUGUGCGUAUGGCUGUCCUUCCGAGGUUCAUUGAUUAUAAAUUGUUUGCUCAUUGUGCUAUUGAAGCCAAUUUUUCUGAGCUUAUACUAAAAGGUUGAGCCUAUAUAAAGUAUCCAAUCGCAGCCUAUAUAAAGUAUCCAAUCGCAGGUGCAGGAAAAGAUUUGGAAUUUUUGAGCAACCCAAAUAAGAUGAUUACAACGAGAUUCGAGACAUGCUUGAGCUUUGUAAACGUUUAAAGAUACAGAAAGAUGCAUGAUUGAACUGCGUGCAAGGGUAGAGAAGUUCACCUUCAGUUUCUGUACCUGGUUUUGUGAUGUGGAGUUUGCUCUAUUCUCGGUAGCUUGAGCUGCCAAGUCACUUGCUAGUGCACCUCAUCCAAUGUUCAUGCUUGGAUGCCACUCCGCCUCUUGUUUUUGACACAGUGGUCCGUCGGGCUUUGAGAAUGACAGGACUCCGAGGAGCUAGGACAUUUUGGUGAAAUCCCCUUGCUUCAAUCCUGUAUAGAAGCCUGGAACACUUCCUUAAAUACUCAUUUAAUUAUGUACUGUUUGACAAGCAUUAGAAAGCUAGCAAAUUUAGCAAAGAUUUACUGAACAAACCACCAAUGGCAUGACUUCUAUGUACUAACUGAUGGUUGCUUUCUGUAA